AUGGGACGCAGCAAGCACGCCUCCAUUCUGUGGUCGCCGGCGCCUUCCACCUCACGCCCCGCACGCACUGUUGCCAAGACCUACAGACCCGUGACGGACUCAGCAGUGCAACAGUUUGGUCAGUGGAUCACACGGUACCCCUGGGCUGAGGUGCUCAGUGUUGAGGACGUUCAAGACAAGUGGAACAACUACCAGCAAACCAUCACCACAGCACACCAUCAUUUCUUCCCAGAAAAAUCUCUGCGCACCCACCCAUCAGAUGCCCCUUGGAUCACACCCAGGAUUAAGCGCCUCAUGCAGCAACGCAACUCAGCAUUCUUCACCGACCCCUCCCUCUUCAAGCAUCUCCGGAACAAAGUGAUACGGGAAAUCAAGGCAGCAAAAUUAACAUACUACCCCAACAAGAUACACAAGCUCAAGCAGGGAAACAUCAGCAGGUGGUACUCCAAGAUCCGUGACCUGUGUGGAUUAAACAAGACCACUGUCUCCAUUCCGGGUGUGGCCCUCCUGCCUGCCCCGGAAGCAGCUGAGGUCAUUAACACCCACUUCGCCGACAUCUGCCAGUCCCUGCCCAGCCUAGACCUCACCUCACUCACCGCCUAUCUACCCACACCUGCACCACUCCCUUUAGUUCAAGAUUACGAGGAUGCCAACGCGCUACUCAAGCUCAAAUCGAGACGCUCCACUACCCCAACUGACCUCCCUAUCAAACUUUACCAAGGAUUCUCCACUGAAUUAUUCACUCCUCUGUGCUCCAUCUUCAACGCCUCUCUCCAUCAAAGUCAGUGUCCCGCAGCCUGGAAGACAGCCUACGUUACCCCCGUCCCCAAAACAAGCACACCUCAGUCCCUUAGUGACUACAGGCCCAUCGCCAUCACCCCGAUCCCCAGCCUGCUCUGUGAAGGCUUCAUCUUCAGAUGGGCCUAUACUCACCUCGCCCCCCUCAUGGACCAACAGCAAUUUGGGAACAUCAAGUCCUCCUCCACCACUCACUGCCUCAUUGACCUCCUCGAUUACGUCUACAGGAACCUUGAAAAACGCAAAACUUCAGUGGCCCUCACCUUCGUAGACUUCCGGAAAGCCUUCGACCUCGUUCACCACACCACCGUUAUCACCAAGGCCAUCAGCUCCCUCAUAAAGUCAGUCACUUACCAACUACACCUCCUCCGAAGACUAAAGAAGCUGGGGACACCCGCGCGUGAGCUGGCGAGUGUGUACUCCACCUUCAUACUCCCUCGGCUCACAUACGCGUCCCCAGCUUGGUCAUCUUCCCUCAACGCCAUCAACUCGAGCGGGUGCAGAAAAGGGCGGUGCGGCUGA